GCGCCUGCAUGCGAGCAGACUAGCAAUUUCCAAGUUGGAAAGUGUGCGAUGGGCAACUGAACGUCAAAUAUCAACCAUCGAACUACCUCCCCCUUUGGGGGAGAGGGAAGAGAAAGAGGGAUGGAUGCGAGAGAGCAGCAAAGCUGACUGACAGCAACGACAACGCCCACCAUGUCGUUUAAGAUCGCCGUCUUCACGGCCGCGGUAGCCGCCGGCACCGUCCUUGCGGGCCCCAAGUGCCCCAAAACUCCCGACCAGUGCACCGACCGCACCGCACCCAGCCAGAUCCGCGUCGCUUACGCGGGCGACAAGGCCAUGGCCGUGAGCUGGAACACCAAGUCGCAGCUCGCCCACCCGACCGUGUACUAUGGCAAGAGCCAGGCGAAGCUCAACAAGAUCGCCCAGUCCCAAAUCUCGACCACGUACCCGACUUCGUCCACGUACAACAACCACGUGGUGCUCAGCGACCUCGACGAGGACACGCUGUACUACUACAAGCCCGCCUGCACUAACGCGACCUAUUCCUUCACCACCUCGCGCAAGGCCGGCAAGAAGACGCCUUUCUCCUUUGCCAUGAUCGGGGACAUGGGCACCUUUGGGCCCGACGGUCUCAGCACCACCGUGGGCCAGGGCGCCGCCAACCCUCUCAAGCCCGGCGACUUAACCACCAUUCAGUCGCUGACGUCCUACAAGGACAGUUACGACUUUAUCUGGCACGUGGGUGACAUUGCCUAUGCCGAUUCCUGGCUCAAGGAGGAGAAGGGCAACUACAUCACCCCGUACAACACCUCGGACAACGGAGCAGAGUACGACAAGAUCCUCAACGAGUUCUACGACCAAGUCGAGGGCCUGUCUAGCGUCAAGCCCUACAUGGUCGGCCCUGGCAACCACGAGGCCAAUUGUGACAACGGCAGCGAUCUGGGAAUUUGCUUGCCCGGCCAGCUCAACUUUACCGGCUACCGUCAUCAUUGGAACAUGCCAUCGGCUUCCUCAGGCGGGCUCGAGAACUUCUGGUACUCGUUUGACCAUGGCAUGGUGCACUUCGUCAUGUUCAACACCGAAACCGACUUCCCCAACGCCCCGGACGAGCCCGGCGGCGAGGGCGCCGAGAACGCCGGGCCCUUCGCGCCCACGGGCGCCCAGCUGGCUUGGCUGAAGCGCGACCUCGCCUCGGUCGACCGCAAGAAGACCCCCUGGGUCGUCGCGGCCGGCCACCGCCCCUGGUACGUGAGCACCGAGGUCUGCGCCGAGUGCCAGGCGGCCUUCGAGCCGCUGCUGGAGGAGUACGGCGUGGACCUGGUGCUGCACGGCCACAAGCACUUCUACGAGCGCCACGCCGCCGUCGCCAACGGCACCGCCCAGGAGAUCGGCGACAACCCCACCGCGCCCUGGUACGUGGUCAACGGCGCGGCCGGCCACUACGACGGCCUCGACACCCCCUCCACGCCGUACGCCAGCACCUCCCGCAAGGUCAUCGUCGCGUACGGCUGGAGCUUGUUCACCGUGCAUAACUGCACGCACUUGAGCACCCAGUUCAUCUUGAGCAGCAACAACACCGUGCUCGACUCGGCGACGCUGGUCAAGGAUCGGAAGUGCUGAGGGGGCAAGAUGGGGACCGCAUUUGUGCGCCAUCUGCAACGACGGACUAUUAAUGGGCUGAGCUCACUGCACGUACUGCCUUGGCUUCCCGACAUGUUUUCUUUCCGCCGAGUCUCCGUGUUCAUUUAGUAAGCCAUAUAUCCAAAUAGAAAAUUUGAGCUG